AUGGGUCUGGGGAAGACCAUCCAGUCCAUCACGUUUCUGGAGGAGAUCUGGCGUGUGGGCAUCAGGGGCCCCUUCCUCAUCAUCGCCCCCCUCUCCACCAUCGCCAACUGGGAGAGGGAGUUCAGAACGUGGACCCACCUCAACGUCAUUGUCUACCACGGCUCCAUGGUCAGCAGGCAGAUGCUGCAGCAGUAUGAGAUGUACUCCAGGGACACACAGGAGCCACUAAAGUUUGCCAAGCCCUCCAUCACCACAUUUGAGAUGAUCACCUGGGGAACUGGCCACAGAGCUCAACGCUAUCGAGUGUGCGCUGGGGCGAUCUCAGAUCGGACGAGGCCCAUCGCCUUCAAGAACAUGACGCAAGCUGCUAGAGGGCUUUGCAGGGACCCCCUCCAAGAACACGUAGAUGGAGGUGUUCAGUCUCUGCAUGCACCUUUCCUGGAGCCGUCAAAGCUUCCCCUCAGAAACACCUUCAUGCUGGAGUUGGAGAGCCCCUCAUCAGACGUGAGGAGGCAGGUGAGUGCUGGUCCAGAAGUUGCAGGCCAUCUGAAGCCCAUGAUGCUGCGUCGUCUCAAGGAGGACGUGGAGAAGAAGCUGGUCCUAAGGAGGAAACCAUCAUUGAGGUGUGAUGUGGAGCUGACCAACAUCCAGAAGAAGUACUACAGAGCCAUCCUGGAGAAGAACUUUCCUUCCUUGUUGCAACCACCCUACCUCAUUAAAGGUGCUGAGGAGAAGAUCUUGGAGGACUUCCGAGAGGUGUACAGCCCUGUUGCCUUUGAUUUCCACCUGCAGGCCAUGGUGCAGUCGGCUGGUAAACUGGUCCUCAUAGACAAGCUGCUGCCCAAGAUGAAGGCCGGGGGACACAAGGUCCUCAUCUUCUCCCAGAUGGUCCGCUGUCUGGAUAUCCUGGAGGACUACCUCAUCCAGAGAAGGUACCUGUAUGAGCGUAUCGAUGGCAGAGUGAGAGGUAACCUGCGUCAGGCAGCUAUAGACCGUUUCAGCAAACCAGACUCGGACCGCUUUGUGUUCCUGCUGUGUACCCGGGCUGGAGGUCUGGGCAUCAACUUGACUGCUGCUGACACCUGUAUUAUCUUUGACUCAGACUGGAACCCACAGAACGACCUGCAGGCCCAGGCUCGCUGCCAUAGGAUUGGUCAGAACAAGGCGGUGAAGGUGUACCGUCUGAUCACCAGGAACUCUUACGAGCGUGAGAUGUUUGACCGGGCCAGCCUCAAACUGGGCCUGGACAAGGCUGUGCUGCAGAGCAUGAGUGGCAGAGAGAACAGCGUGCCGGGUGGAGGGCCGACCCAGCAGCAGCUGUCUAAGAAYGAGAUCGAGGACCUGCUGAGGAAAGGGGCGUAUGGAGCUCUGAUGGACGAUGAGGAUGAGGGGGCCAAGUUCUGUGAGGAGGACAUCGACCAGAUCCUUCAACGCAGGACCAAGACCAUCACCAUCGAGUCUGAGGGACGGGGAUCUACCUUUGCCAAGGCCAGUUUUGUGGCAUCCGGAAACCGCACAGACAUUUCUCUGGAUGACCCCAACUUCUGGGACAAGUGGGCCAAGAAGGCUGAGAUUGACAUGGACUCUGCCAAUGACAGAAACAGCCUGGUAAUUGACACUCCGAGGGUGAGGAAGCAGACCCGACCCUUCAGUGCCACUAAGGACGAGCUGGCAGAGCUGUCAGAGGGGGAGAGUGACAACGAGGACAAGCCCAAGCUCCGCCGGCCCCACGACCGCCUCAACAGCUACGGCAGGACAGAGUGCUUCAGAGUGGAGAAGAACCUACUAGUAUACGG